CUUGCGUUUUCGUCGCCAUUUCCCCAUGAAAUAUGAAACGGAACAAUAGUCGAGCUCGUCACUGCGCUGCUGCACUGACCACUUCUAUCCACCUCCACCGCCACAGUCCUCUCUCUUCCUCCUCCUCCUCCUCCUCCUCACCACCACCACCUCCACCCACUUCCUUCGUUUGUCCGGCAACAGAUUACUCGAUUCACCGACCUUGUGCUGCUCUUGUUGGAUUUGUUUCGCCCCUUACCUCCUAAUUCGUUACAACAAUCCAUUCCUUUGGGUUCUCACCGACCUUGUUUACCACCCGUCGUUCGUUUCAGAAUCUCCACCUUGUUCUCGCCCGCCCGCCCGCCUGCGAACGGGCGACUGUCACCACCUGGGCCACUGACCUCAUCUCAUCUGCCCUGCUUGACAGAUAUACAAUUCUGCUCUUCUGGUCGAUACUCUCGGCCGUGAUUCAGCAACCUCUUCACAACCAAUCCGCUCCGUCGUCAUCUCCUAGCGACCACCAUAUGGUUAAUGGUUGAGCAAUGGUGGCAAUGUUAUAACCUCCCAGUUGAGAGUAAGGCCCAGGAAGCUUUGCCUUUGCAGGAGUGAACACAUGGGCGUUGUAUAAAGUUCAACAUAUAUUGCAUCUGCCAGCAUGUGGUUUGCAAGGAGGAGAUCAAGUCUCGCUGCAGAGUCUGCGCAGACAGAACCCGAGCCUCGUCGAAGAAACCGCUUGUCUAAGCCCCCUACAAGCUACACAACCAAAUUCCCCACGGGGAUCUCGACGUCGAGUCUCAGAGUCCAGGCACCGCUUUCGCAGAGCCAGAAUGCUAGCGGUACAGAGUUGUCGAGUCCAUUGUCCUCCGGCUCGGGCAACGGAGCUCCGCGGCAACAGUCUCGCGGAGACACCACUGUCACAGACUCGGGUUCCCCUCUCCGCGCACACAAGAACGAUUCGAGCUUCAGCGUCGCCUACAUGGUCAGUCAAUUAGAGGGCAAGGCUACUUCAGCUGGGACAAGUCCAUCACGAACGAUGCAACAACCGGUAGCACCCCCUCUGUCACCUAUCAAACCACCAAAGAGGAAGUCUCUGCUGCUCCGGCGUUUAUCUCUACAGAGGUCUUCCAGUAUAAGCCGUACCCCCAGCAGCGAACGCAUGAACCCCCUGGACUCCGAUACGGCAGUGGUCCCGCAAUCAGAUGGGUCUAUGGACAGAAGCCCCGAUCCGGCGCCCAUUCCUCCCAUGCGUCGAUCCUCAUUUGCCCCUGGUACAGCGACUAGAAAACCAUCCCAAAUCGCCGCAAAACAGGAGAUCCGGCAACCCAACCUGAUUCAGGAGAUGGAGGACCGAGGAGUGACUGCUUUCGAUGUGGAUGACUUUGACUGGCAACCUCCGCCUCCGAGGACAGUUGGCCGGGCUGGCACACCUUCAGAUAUCAGCUAUUCACAUCUCGGCGGACUAAGACACGGGUCACUGCAAAUCGUCAACGGACGAGCAUCGCCUACCUUCAGCGAAGUUUCAAAGGCGUCCAAACAGCUUCGACCUCCUCCAGCGCCACGUAGAGAUGUGUCAAGCGAUUAUGGCGAUGCUGAAGAAGAUUUUGACCUAUUGGUCUCUGCGUCUGGAAAUCUAUCCAACCUGAGGUCAAGCCCACCGAUUAUCAACGCCGAAUAUCGAUACUUUAGCUGGGAGCAUAAUGAUGACAAAGCUGGGCCACGAAUCCAUCCACUGCAAAGCGUCAUGACAGCACAAGAAGUGGUCCAGCCCAUUCCAGCUGACGACGAGGCUUCACUGAUGGCCAACGAAUAUAUCGCGGAGCUCGGGGCUGGGCCAUUCGACCAGCAGAAAUCAAGCUCUCCGGUCGGCACAAUUAGGAGAACCAGGUCUGAAGGCUCGCUCUGGAGGGCGAGUUCCUGCUCGUCACUCCAGAAAACGCCUCCACCUGACAACGCGCCUAGGGAUCUCUCCCCAACCAGUCCUUUGGAGAGGUCACCUUCUCCAACUGGUUCGGUGGUCCGCAAGUCGAGCUUUAGGUCCAACGAAAGCCGUGGUCGGCAAAUUCAGCAGGAUGACGAGACGACCGACGAAUCUCGACCCUGUGAGAGUCCUAUGAGCUGGCAUUCCCCCAUCGAGCCAAGGGGUUCGAUUGACGAAGGCUUCCAAUCGGCCGUCGAAUUCCAACCCCAGUUGUCUAGCCAUAGUCUGGCACCCCAGCCUCCUCGUGCACCGGGAAAAUCAGAUAGUGGUUACAGCUCAAGCAACUCGCUUCGAUCACUUCAAGUAGCCCGACCCACCCCAUCACCUUCAAAGUUCAGGGCUCUGCCAGAGGUGCCAGACGCACAAGUGGCUAUCGAUGAACCAGAUCCGGGUCGUGUACCAUCCUUCUCUGAACAGAGAACGUCCAUUCUGAAGUCAAGGAGUGAACCUUAUGUACCGACAUUUUCCAACCUUCAACCCCGUGCUAUAUUGUCAAACCCGAUGCCCAUUGCCCCAGCAACGACGACUCCGGAACCCGAACCUCUUCCCACUAAGCCUGCGAAGGCCCGGAAGAAGCUGCUGAAGAAGCGACGCCCAUCGAGCCAACCUCCGGGCAAAGUAGCAGUUGUUCGAGUUCAGUCAUUCGAGCUGGACAGUGUUCCGCACAUCUCCCCUGAGGCACAAGAAAAUCUUCGGAUACGCUCGCACGCCGUACCAGAACUGGAACAAACAUACUCGCUUGGCAACAGAGCUAGUAGCUCGACCCUUUUUCUCCCUCUCAACGAGAUCAGGUUUCCAUCGCCUGCUCCCGAACAAAUACUCCAAACUAAGCGACGUCGGUCUCGUAGCAGGCCAAGGUCAUGGUUUGGUCGACCUAGAGAAGAAAAGGUGAAGUCAAGGGACCCUUCCGGAAUCAGCCAGACUGAAGCGAUGGCUAUCAUCAACGAUCUGGGCACUGUCAGUACUUCACUGGGGAAAAGCCCUUAUGAGUUUGUCGAGGCAGGCGGCGUGUCCAAAGGCUCCUAUAUUGCGACGAUGACGACUGGCUUUCCGCAACCGCGGCCAAUGAUGAAUGACGAGACCGCCGUAGAAUUGUCGCGGUCUAGAAGCAGAUCCAUACGGGACCGAGAAAGUAUCAUGUCGGAUCGGAGGUCUUCAUUUAACGACAGAGGAGGCAUACCAGGCAAGAAUCUGAGGCCCGCCAGUUUUGCCAGUGAUGCACCACCGAUCACGCCGGAUAUGAUAGAGAAGGCAUACCGGACAUCAUCCAUGCAACGACAGCCUUCGGUCAAUAACGAGGUGGGACCUCCACCUCCUCCGCACUCACCGCGCCCUGCAUACAUUGAUUAUGAAGGGGGCUCUUCCGACCCCGUAGCUCCUCCUCCGCCAUCUCAUUCGCCUCGACCGAUUGAUAUUACUCCAGAUCCGUGGGCUACGCAGGCUGCGGUAUGGAGGGCUCGAAGAAAGAGUGCGAGUAAGGCGCUAAGGCAACAAUCUGGGGAGGCGCGAAACUAUCACCAGGAUAACGAAGAGGCCGCAGAUGAGUUGCUCUACCCGGUUAUACCUCCACGACAUGCAGUGCAGCCGCUGGAAUGGAAGCAAUGCCACCCUCCUGACGAAUAUCGCGCCUCUUCUCAUGAAUAUUAUGACGCAUACCAUGAGUCGUCUGGACCUCAGCAGCAUCGCUACCCGUCGUAUACGCCAUCUUAUCGUGAUCCUUACGAGUCUGGAUCUGCAUAUGUGAGACAAACUCGACGGAGCUCCAGGACGUAUGACCACCGACAAUCUCAAGGCUACGCUGUGCAUUCACGAGGGCCAUCUCCAGGCGGCCCCUAUUCUUCUCGCCCUCAGUCGUAUGCCAACAGCGUCCGCAGCUUUGCUUCGUCGUUGGCCGAGGACUUGCAUCCAGCCGAGCUGGAGAGGCAGCAUCCGCCACCGGCAUUCGGGCGGUAUUCGGGAGGGCUCAACUACGGCUAUGAACAUGGGAACGGAUUCGGCGGUUCAGCUGGGACGAGGUCAACGAGUGGGAAGGCCGAAGCGUCGUGGAAAGGAGUUCGGCUUAGAGCCAGCGUCGGAGUCGAUCUCGGGGACGUGCCUCUGGGGACCGUGGCGAGGGGAUGAGCAUGACGUGAUAUGGGCUUUGGGUAAUGAUGGAGACAGAUUGGAGAAACAGGCCGAGUCGAGAAUAUCACGAAGGGGUUUACGAGAUUCUUUCAUCUGGAAAAGUUUUGGUGUACCCAUCUCGGCAUUGUUGGCGUCUGUAUUGUGAGAGGGCCUCGUAGGAACAUGUUUUGGGCAAGUUUGGUACUUUUGCAUUUAGCACACAGCCUAGGGAGGCUUUGGACGGGUUGAUCAAUUCAUUUGCGUUGACGUCUGUUCGAAAUAGAUGCUUGUUUCUGGUCUAUCCGCGACCCGAUAGUUGAGCUCUAGCACAAUUGGCGAGGCCGUCUGGAUGGGAUGGUUGGGUGUGACAUUGAAUUCAAAGAGACAGGAGCAGCGGCAAUAGGGUUUUGGCCCCUUUAUGACGAAGAGUUCCUUACAAAGUCUAUGCCAGGGGAUGUCGCGCUGAGGAGCAUUGUGAUUGGUGUUGAU